GUGGCAGCAGCGCCAUGGCAGCCCCAGUGUGGCCAUCAACCCACCGCUCCACCAGCCUGGAAACCUCUAACCCUGGGGCUUGCUCAUAGAGGCAGAGGGAGAAGAUGCCGUUGCCACGCAACACCAAGAUGCUGAGCACCAAGCAGUCCCGAACGGGCAAGGUGGGCCCUGCUGCAGCAAAUCCCAACCCUGAGAAGCCUCUAUUGCAGGAGGAGAGCUGUCAGGCCAAGAGAUCUCCAUCCUCACCCCAGGGUGGGCCCAAGAAGAGGUCGGCAUUUGGCGACAUUACCAAUGCUCACAAGAACCAGGUGGUGGCAGGGAAGAAGGAGGCUGUGAAAGUGGCACCACACAAGGCACAGAGGGCCCAUGCUGCCCUGGGGGUUGCCAAGAACAACGAGAUCAACCUGAAAAAGUCAAUGAAGAAAACUCCCACGACAGAGGCUCCUACAGAGCCCAAGGAGGAUCCUGUGCCAGAGGAGCUGGUGCCUGCACAGCUGCCAGCUGUGGAGGACAUAGACAAGGAGCAGCUGGGUGACCCCUAUGCCAAUGCGGAGUAUGCCAAGGAGAUCUUUGAAUACAUGAGGGAAAGAGAGGAGAAAUUCAUGCUCCCUGACUACAUGGCAAAGCAGCCAGACAUCAGUGGGGACAUGCGUGCCAUCCUGGUGGACUGGAUGGUGGAGGUACAGGAGAACUUUGAGCUGAACCAUGAGACGCUGUACCUGGCUGUGAAGCUGGUGGACCACUACCUGGUGGAGGUGGUGAGCAUGAGGGACAAGCUGCAGCUCAUCGGCUCCACUGCCAUCCUCAUUGCCUCCAAAUUUGAGGAGCGGUGCCCACCGUGUGUGGAUGACUUCCUCUACAUCUGCGAUGACGCCUACAAGCGGGAAGAGCUCAUUGCUAUGGAGAUGAGCAUCCUCAGCACCCUCAAGUUUGACAUCAAUAUUCCCAUCCCCUACCGGUUCCUGCGACGCUUUGCCAAGUGUGCCCGUGCCACCAUGGAGACACUGACGCUCGCCCGCUUCCUCUGUGAGAUGACCCUGCAGGAGUAUGACUACGCCCGGGAGAGCCCCUCGAAGCUGGCUGCCAGCUGCCUGCUGCUGGCACUCACCAUGAAGAACCUUGGUGGCUGGACCCCCACACUGGAGUACUACAGUGGGUACCGCUCCCAGGACCUGCAUCCCCUGGUGAAGAGGCUGAAUUUCCUGCUCACAUACCAGCCCCAUGACAAGCUGAAGGCUGUGCGCACCAAGUACUCGCACAGGGUCUUCUUUGAGGUUGCUAAAGUCACCCCCAUGGACAUGCUCAAGCUGGAGGAGAUACUGAAGAGCUGCUAGCCCUGUAUCUGUAAAUAGCCUGUAAAUAGUUGGGUGCUCUCUGGCAGGGGAGCACUAUGUACAUAAAUAAUAGCAAUUUUAAGUGAAGGGGAGGGGGGGGAAAAAAAAAGUCACGUGUAGCUGUCAAUAAAAUGCUUUGUCUUACAUGCUGGUGGUGGCUGCUGGGACAGGGGUAGGGGAUGGUGGUGGAGGUUAUGCUGAACCCCUG